GAAUUUGGCAACAGGUGGUCACGGCUGAUGAUGACUAUGAUCCGCCCCGUCAGUCGAGCCGUGAUCAGGUAACGGAAGGGUGUACGGGGCAUGGACGGGGCAUCACAGCUGUGUUCUGCCGCAUGAGAUGGAUUGCACUCCUUAAUUUGGUGUUUCUGAUGAGUCAUGAAACACACUAUAAUUAACAUUUUUAGCAAUAACUAGAAAUGGGUAUCGUUAGUUUUGUGGGUGAGAACUAAUAGAAGUGGACUGACAAGUGUAGGAGAAUUUGAUUACCUGUGGACAUGCAUCUUGUUCACUCACCUGGUUAGCCCAUACAUUCUCUAUAGCACGACAAGGAAAUGCAGUAGAAAGUAUGGGUAUCGUUAGUUUUGUGGGUGAUAACUUAAAGAAAUGGAUUGACAAGUAUAUGAGAAUUUGAUUACCUGUUAAUGCACCUGGUUUACUCACCUGGUUGGCCCAUUCAUACUCUCCAGUGCGACAAGGAAAUACAGCAGAAAAAGUUGUGUGGGGCAAAAUGAUAUGAAUCCACAGUAAAAUCCAAUGCAUGUGAGGGAAGUGAUGCAAACAGCUGUUUUCUCACCUGGUUGGCCCAUACAUUCUCUAUAGUGCGACAAGGAAAUGCAGUAGAAUAAGUUGUGUGGGGCAAAGUGAUAUGAAUCCACAGUAAAAUCCACUGCAUGUGAAGAAAGUAAUGUCAGAAAGGAGACAGUUGAUAUUCUAGCAUGGCAAGAAGACGGCAAAUCAUCUCAGCGACAUGCGUGGUUCUGGCGGCCCUGGUGGUGGUGUGCCUGUGGCCGGGCCUUGCAGAGGGGUCGACAGACUUAUGCGGCAUCGAUCUUAAGGGGCAUUGCCACCAUAACCAGUCGGGGCUCUGUAACACCACUGGCAUCUGCGACCACCAACUGCGCCAGACAGAGUCGUUGACAUCAAAUCAGACUUCACCGAGAUGUCAGAUGAAUAAGGGUUUAGAAGAUUGUGGGUCUCUGCAGCCCUCAAGACGCUAUGCUGGUGAGAAGCCGCUGGUUGAGAUGCACCUGUACCACUACCAUACGUGGAUGGGGCAGCGCGCGGUUGUCAACUUUACCUUCCCAUCCCCAGACUGGCAUGAUUUGACAAUGCAGUACAAAAUCAACAGCAGUGAAGACCCUUUCUGUCGCCAGUUUAUCCUACGUGGUGUGAGCUUGCCCCUCCCUGACACACUGAUGUAUGACUGUGUGGCAUUCCUUGUACCUGAAGAAACUGUGUGGGAUGCUCAGCUCACUGUGAUCAGUGACAAAGGAGAGGGAAGGACCUACACGUUCAGGCUUCCGAGAGCUUCACAAAUAGAGACGCUGAAUAAGAGCCCUCAAGACUGGCAUGUGUUCUUCUACUUGCACUACGACUUCAUUGCCACGUCCUCUCAUCUGCCAGUCACUAUACAGGCAGAUUUCCAUGAAGUGUCUUACAACGUCUCCAUGGUGAAGUGUCUGGAUAAUGGAAGCCCCGAGUGUGACGAAUACUCUGUGCUGAGCUCCCUAGUUGAGCGCCCCAAAGAUGACACCUGGACUGUUAGCCUCCCCAUUUGGAGCAGCCCUGGCUUCUACGCUGUGACAGUACAGAUAGUGUCCCCUGACUGCCCUACAGAGACAGGCUGCUAUGUUUCAGUGUCUCCAAGAUUCGAAAUUGAACCAGGCAUGUUGGGCGUUUGGAUAACAGUUGGAAUGGCAUUUUUCUUGAUAUCCUUCUUGACGUUCCUGGUCUUCUUCAACCAUCGGCUGCAGGCCAAUAAGAGAAUACUGCAAGCGUUAAGGGAAGUGCAGCCAUCCGUGCUUCUGGUGUACUUGCCAGAGACUCAACAGCACUUGGAUCUCAUAAGCACGUUUGCCGACUUUCUGAAGAACUCUUGCCAUCUCUGCCCCUACCUGGUGGACCGAGAUGUGGGAGUUAAGGACCCAAACUGCUGGACCCGAGACAACAUUAUCAGUGCUGACAAGGUGCUGUUCAUAGUUCCCGGCAAACCUGAGGCAGAGAGCAUCACCCCCAUUAGAAACCAAUGGAUAAUUGCCCUCAAUUACCUCUCAGGGCAUCACUUUACAAUACGUCAGGUGACACGCAAGGUGGCAGUUGUGAUACUGCCUUCAAGUGGAAACAUACCAUGUGAGAUCUUGCAUGUGAGUCGCUUCAAACUGGUAGAUGAAAUCGCGCCUCUGGUGACGUGGCUUCAUACCGGCACGUGGCUGGACGAAAUGUUCCUCUGGAGGCCGCACAUCAGGUCUUCUAAUGAAAAUACUGCUCACACGUGGUCUGAGGUCAGGAAUGCUGCCCUGAGGACCUCACCCCCACUGAGAAUCCCCUCUGGAAACCACACUUGCUCAUUACCGGGCAAGGAUACUUUCUUCACAAACACCAAUGGCCAAGAUAUUCCCCUAAAGGAUGAUGUGAGCGUACACAGCGAGGAGGACUCUGGUGCAUCCAAGUGUGGCUCGCAUGUCACUGUGUCUGUCUUUGAUCCAGAUAUUCCCUCCGUAGACAAGCUGCACACCGAAGGCAAGGGCAGUGCAGCAUCCAUGAAUGAUGACCUGUCGGAAGACCUCUCAGACAGUGGUGAUGAGGAAGGGAUAUUUACUUAAGGGAUUUUUUUAAGUCUUCUAAAUAUAUCCUGCUAUAUAAAAGUAUUUAUUAUAACUUCAAAGAUUAUUUUUAUACUUGCUACCACCGGAAUGGAAGCAGUGUGCUGGUGUAGUUGCCCGCCUCACCACCUCAUGAUUUGUUUGAAAGGAGGCAACUCACCCCGCUGCUUUCCUUCCUUCCGUGAUGCUUCUUGGGGAAGGAAGGACACAGGGUGGGUUGCCUCUAUCCUUACAGACCCUGGGGUGUCAAGGCAGGCACCAAGGCCAGCACACUGCUUCCAGUCUGGGGCUGGGUGGUAAGCAACUUGUCUUAUCAUCGGUGUUUUUUUUUAUUUUAAGCAUGCUUGGUUUAUGUAUUUUCAUUUUGAGAUACAUAGGAAUGUAUAAGUUAGCAAAAUUCUAUCCAGUUGUACCUUAUGUUUUGGUAUGUCAAUACUGAAAUUGAAUUAUUGUAAGGUUAAUGUUAAGCAUACAAAAUUGCCUGAGCUAGUGUGAAAGCCAUACACACAUUGUUUCCCAAGUUAUGGAAGUGGCACAGUGGCCUGGUGCUCCCCCGUGGUGCAGUGGGUUGGACGCUUUACAGAACACAAGAAUCUGUGACUUGAGAGACUGAAGGCAAUUAGAUAAAUGAGUACACAGGUAAAUGAACUUGCAGAC